AUGGCGAGGUCAAAGGCGAGGGUGUGCGGGUGUUGCGCACUGAUACUGUUGUGUGUGGUUGCUGUCAUUGUGUUAAUUGCUGUUCUUAUCAGGCGCAAGUGUCCGGAUGACACUUUUCCCAAGGCUGCUGUGGCUGCAGACUCCAAGAAAUGUUCAGAGAUUGGACGGGACAUCCUGCAGAGAGGAGGCUCGGCGGUAGAUGGCGCCAUUGCUGCGCUGCUGUGCACUUCCCUUGUAAACCCACAGAGCAUGGGCAUCGGAGGGGGCUCCAUAUUCACAGUGAUGGACAGAUCUGGCAAUGUCAAAAUAAUCAACUCCAGAGAGACGGUGCCACAGAAGUUUAAUCCAGACCUGCUGAAAUUAUGUCCCAAGACCUUUCAGAUGGUGCCAGGCUCUACCUGGAUCGGGGUCCCAGGAGAACUUCGGGGUUAUGAGAUGGCCCACAAGCUGUAUGGGAAGCUGCCGUGGAAAGCCCUCUUCGAGCCGACCAUCCAGCUGGCCAGAGAAGGGUUUCCUAUCCCACAAAUCCAGGGCCGAUACCUCUCAUUUAUUGAUUCGAAUGAGACCCAGUCACUACGGAAGCUGUUUUCAGAUAAGAAUGGGAGGCUGCUGCAGACUGGUGAUAUUGUAAAGUUUGAGAAACUGGCCGACACUUUGGAGGUGAUUGCAAACCACGGGGCGGAUCCUUUUUAUACUGGGAGCAUAGCAAAGGAUUUAAUCCAAGACAUACAGGAGGCAGGAGGAACACUCACGAUGCAGGACUUGGCAGCAUACAGAGUUUCAGUGACGGAUGCGUGGGCUGUUCCUUUGGGAGAGUACCAGAUGUACAUCCCCCCACCCCCUGCAGGAGGCAUCAUACUCAGCCUCGUCCUGAACAUCAUGAAAGGUUAUGGGUUGAAUCCAGGCUCUCUCACCGGUGAGAAAAAGAAACUGGCUUAUCAUCACUACAUAGAGGCCUUUAAGUUUGUCAAUGGGAUAAAGAAAGACAUCUGGUCCAGCUCAGCACAGAUGGCAAAGAAAUUCACAGAAGACAGCUUUGCCGACUACAUCCGGAACUUGAUCAGUGAUGACAGGACCCAUAAACCCCAGUAUUACAACAUCACCCCGCACCUGGACAGCAUCGGCACCACGCAUGUGUCUGUGCUGGCUGAGGACGGAUCUGCUGUGUCUGUAACCAGCACCAUCAACCACAUAUUUGGCUCAAAGGUCUUUUCUGCGAGCACCGGAGUCAUCCUCAACAACGAGCUGUCUGACUUCUGUGGAAGGGUAGAUAGCAUCUCUCCUGGGGAGCAGCCUCCCUCCUCCAUGGCCCCCACUGUGCUGAAGUCUCGGUCGAAGACGCUGGUGAUUGGAUCGACUGGUGGCAGCAUGAUCACGACUGGGAUUGCCUCGACGCUCAUGAACCACCUUUGGUUUGGAAAGAGCCUUAAGGAGGCCGUCGCCACUCCUGUUGUUUUUGUCGACUCUCAAAAUGCGGCAAAGUUUGAACCCAAAUUUGAUAAGGAUGUGAUCGAGGCUCUGAUGGCGAUGGGGCAUGAGCAAGACACGGCAAAGCGUUUCUACAAUGUGGUCAAUGCUGUAGAGAAGGAGGACGGCUGUAUCUGUGCCGUGUCUGAUGCCAGGAAACUGGGUGAAGCUGCCGGUUACUAAGAUAGAAGGUCAACGACAGUCGCUACUGAGGAGGCCCUGAAGGCUAUAGAGAACGCCCUGCAGCCACUAAAGCACAAGGACUGCAACAGAUGGAGUUUUAUCCUGCUGAAAAAACAUGAACAAAGUGAUAAAUUAUAAGCCUCUUCAGGUGAACAGGAACAUUUUACAGCUGAACACCGGGACAAGAUGAACUUGUGCUGGAGAAACAUGAGUCUGUCUGACCUCCUGAGACUUUUUCAGUUUACUUUUACACAUUUUAAGCACUUGGCUCUUGUCAAUAUUUACAUCCUUAUAUUCUUAGUGUGGACAUUUUCAUGCAUUCUAUCGUCUGUGGAGGUUCUCAUUUACCUAGGUCAUAGUUAUCCAAAUUGAGGUUUUCUCCAAAUAAGCUUCUUCAGUGCUAAAGUGACUGGGACCAGUGCUAGAAAAAAAGUUGACCAUUGGUAUGCUGAUGAUCUUAAGGUUAUACCUCUCUAAGAACCUCAGUUAAGUCCAGUUGCACCCCCUUGACCAAGAUUUGAACAUAUAUUGUAUUACAGACCAACAUGGUAGAUGUCACAAUAUUUAUUUUACAUUUUGUGCCAGAGCACGCAGCAGCUGGAGCUAUAGAUAAUCAGAUCAAACCGAGGCACACUGAAGAGUGGAUUCUUGGGAGAAAGUUUGGAGAGAAAUACAGAGAGGUUUACACCUCUGC